AUGUUCUCUGCUGCGCGUUCAGACACCCUAUUUUUGGGCGGAGAGAAAGUCAGCGGCGAUGAUGUCCGCAACCAGAACGUGCUGGCUACCCAGGCCGUUGCCAAUGUUGUGAAAUCGUCCUUGGGUCCGGUCGGACUGGACAAAAUGCUGGUCGACGACAUCGGUGAUGUCACCGUCACCAACGAUGGCGCCACCAUCCUGUCACUUCUAGAUGUUCAGCAUCCGGCAGGCAAGAUUCUGGUUGAGCUCGCUCACCAGCAGGACCGCGAGGUGGGAGACGGAACCACCUCUGUGGUGAUUAUUGCCUCCGAACUUUUGAAGAGGGCUAACGAGUUGGUCAAGAAUAAAAUUCACCCAACCACUGUGAUCACAGGCUACCGUCUUGCGUUGAGAGAAUCUACUCGAUUCAUUAAUGAGAUGCUCUCUCAGCCGGUCGACUCGCUAGGAAAAGAGACUCUUGUCAACAUUGCAAAGACCUCCAUGUCUUCCAAGAUCAUUGGAUCCGACUCCGACUUUUUCAGCCAAAUGGUGGUUGACGCCCUUUUGGCGGUGAAGACCACCAACAGCAAGGGAGAAACUAAGUACCCAGUCAAGGCAGUGAAUAUCCUCAAGGCACAUGGAAGAUCUGCCACUGAAUCUGUGUUGGUGAACGGUUACGCGCUCAAUUGUACGGUGGGAUCCCAGGCCAUGGUGAAACGCGUCACUGAUGCACGUAUUGCCGUUCUGGAUAUUAAUUUGCAAAAAGCAAGAAUGGCCAUGGGAGUUCAAAUCAACAUCGACGACCCAGAGCAACUGGAGGAGAUCCGCAAAAGAGAAUACGGAAUUGUUCUCGAACGUGUCCGCAAGAUCAUCGACGCAGGCGCAAACGUUGUUCUGACCACGAAGGGUAUUGACGACCUGUGCCUGAAGGAAUUCGUUGAGGCCAAGGUGAUGGCCGUGAGACGUUGUAAGAAGGAGGACUUGAGAAGAAUUGCCCGUGCCACGGGAGCCACCCUUAUCAGCAGUAUGUCCAACUUGGAGGGAGACGAGGUCUUCGAAAGCACUUACCUAGGACAGGCCGAGGAGGUUGUUCAAGAGCGUUUCAGUGACGAUGAGUGUAUCCUGAUCAAAGGCACAAAGACUCACUCUUCUUCGUCGAUCGUUCUGAGAGGCCCUAACGAUUACACUUUGGACGAGAUGGAACGUUCGAUACAUGAUUCCCUUUCGGUGGUAAAGCGGACUUUGGAAAGUGGUCAUGUGGUGCCCGGCGGUGGAGCUGUCGAGUGUGCACUGAACAUAUACCUGGAGAAUUUCGCCACCACUGUCGGAUCCCGUGAGCAACUGGCCAUUGCCGAAUUUGCAGCUGCUCUGCUCGUCAUUCCAAAGACGUUAGCUGUGAAUGCUGCCAAAGACGCCUCGGACCUCAUUGCCAAACUGCGCUCCUACCACGCUGCAUCGCAGCAAGUUUCUCACAUAGAUACCAAGCGCAAGAACUACAAAAACUACGGUCUGGACCUCGUGAGAGGAAAGGUGGUCAAUUCAGUCAGCCACGGUGUUUUGGAGCCUACCGUGUCCAAGAUCAAAUCUCUCAAGUCGGCGCUGGAGGCAUGCAUCGCCAUCCUGCGUAUAGACACGAUGAUUAACGUGGAUCCAGACCCUCCAAAGGAGACUCACGACCAUUAA